AUGGGGUCCAACAUGGGAAAUCAAAACUCAAGCACUUCCCCAAGAGCAGAUCCUGCCACAAUCAAAUCAAUCGACGACUGUAUCUUUUCAUUUUAUGGCAAUUUUGGUCAGGGCAAAUCACAUGUGGAACUGCGGAGAAUGAUCGAGGAAGCCGGCGGCGGUUUUGAGAACUACGAGUCACGGGUUGAAAACUGUACACAUCUCAUUACAACAGAGAAAUACGUUACAAAGCCUCUUAUGCCUGCAAAGAUCAAAGAUGCAGCUCUCAAGGGAUGUGAAAUCGUCGGUCUCGGAUGGCUUUUGAUGUCUCUCGCAAGCGGAUAUCCGGUCGAUGUCAAAUACGGCAGGAUAGAGACGGACAAUUUAGCCAAACUUAGGUUGAAGGCGAGCGAAAAGUCCAGCCGUAAACCGGAGGCUGAAGAGAAGCCCAAACGUAACGUGAAAAGGGCCGAAAGCUUCAAGCCUAGAUUGGAGAAUUCCGAUGAACGCAAGCUCAAACUGAAGGAUGCCAAUGAACGCAAUAUGCUAGCCGACUGCCAGCCGAAGGACAAGGAUGAAGCCAAACCCAAAUCGAAAGAGAUCGAAAAACAUAAGCCGAAAUCUAAGGGGAUUGGCGAGGCCAAGCGAGCAUUGGAAUGUCUUGAGGAUGGUGAGGGUACAAAGAAGGUAGCCAGGACCUCGUCGAAAGUGACGCAUUUGAAAGGCAUUGUGGAUGAGAACUUCCUCGAUCUUUCAGCAAGUCUCGCUGUUUGUGUGGAGGGCAAUGUUGUGUGGGAUGCGACUUUGAUUAGGCCCUUGGCUCAAAGGUUAGAGAAACAAAUACGCCAUUUCGCCAUAUUGCGAACUCAGCUCCUCUGGGAUCCAAGUGCGAAGAAAUACGAUACAUUCAGCCACGAGAGAACGGGGGAUGCGAUUUUCUAUACCAGCCGGUCAGGCCUCGGUACUCUGGAAGAAGCUAAAGCCGCAUACAAAGAGUCUUUCCAAGAAGCUACCGGUCUUUCUUGGGAAGAUCGCCUUAAAGACCCGAAGAAGAGAAAAUUCAUCUAUGUUGAACACCACUUGGAAGAUGAGGAAGCCAGUAAAUCUGCCAUGCCUAUCGCCAAGAUGCUUCCACCAAUGAAAGCUGUGCUCGAUAUCAUCCUACCCGGCAAGGGUCAGACUGAGCUCAUAAAAACGUUCUUGAAAGCUACACCUGCUAGUCACGUCAAGAAUGGCAGUGCGCUGAUGACCUUGCAUCAGCUCCGUGCUGGCAUUGCUCUCCUAAAACGAGUAUUGGAACGUCCAGACCUUGCGAAUGAAAUAUCUUCUAAUGCUAGCCCUGCAUCAAUUAUGCUACAAUGCUAUUAUUGUCUCAUAGGAGAUGGCUUGAGCAGAGCUCCUCUCUCUCUUGAUUGGAUUCAGCGCGAGCAAGAUCGCUUGUCGUACCUCCAUAUUCUUGCGACGGCCUCCCAACCGAAUCGACCUCUUGGACGGGCUGAAGAAGAGCUCUCGCAGCAUCUACAUCGACUUCUUGGCCUCAAUCACAUGGCUCUAGUGAAUUCUUCUACUGAGGAAUAUCGAAUUCUUGCAAAUUAUUUCAACUUCUCUGACAUGGCAUCUGCAUACCGUGGGGGCUACGGUGCCUACACAAACCAGCUAAAAAACAUUUUCCGCAUCGAGCGCCUCGGUGAAGCUGACCAAUUCCUCAAAUGGACAACCGCUGGGAGGAACCAUGGGCGAUGUCUGCUAUGGCAUGGCUCCGAUAAUUCUAGCUUCAGAGGAAUUUUUGAACAGGGACUUCGCGGGGGCAUAGGGGAGCGCAAAAUCUUUCUCUCUGGACUUGCAGGCUAUUCGACCGCGUACUGCAAUAAGAGGACCGGUAUGGUAUUCGAUACUCCGAAGCUAAUGUUGCUUUGCGAAGUGAGCUCUCCCAAGUUCAGCGAAAAAAGAAUGGGGGGCGAUUGGUGGCGUGAUGCAGGAUGUGUGCACGCUGAUCUCCAAGGAGCCAAGAUGCUGAAUGUUCCUCUCGGAGAGAGAUAUAGAGGCGGCGCGGGAUGGCCAAUCCAAAUGGAGUACAGUUUUGACAAGGCAGAGCAGAUCCGGAUGCACUACUUGUUCGAGUUUAUAUUAAGCCCGAGGAGAUGA